GAUGCGCCGUGCCGCGGCGGGCGUCGCGAAGUGAAGAAGCGAAGCCGUCGUCGUCGUCGUUUCCCCCUUCCACCCGCGACCCCCGCAGACGGCGACAUGGGCGAGUGCGGAGCCCCCGGGGACGUCAACUCCAACGUGCUCGUCGCCCGCAGCACCGGCGACGCGCAGCUCGACAAGGCGGUGUGGCAGUGGCUGAGCUGGGACAAGAACCAAAAAACAAAAGAACAGAUUGAAAGCUUGUUACAGAAUGGAAAGCAUAAAGAGUUACGGGAUCGUCUCUGCUGCAGGCUGACCUUUGGGACUGCCGGGCUUCGCUCUGCUAUGGGAGCAGGCUUUUGCUACAUUAAUGAUCUUACGGUGAUCCAGUCAACACAGGGGAUCUACAAGUAUCUUGAGAGGUGUUUUUCAGACUUUAAGCAGAGAGGCUUUGUUGUUGGAUAUGACACACGAGGUCAGGUGACCAGCAACUGCAGCAGUAAGAAACUUGCAAAGCUCACUGCAGCAGUCCUACUGGCUAAAGAUGUACCUGUAUACUUCUUUUCCACGUAUGUCCCUACACCGUUUGUGCCCUAUGCUGUUCAGCAGCUCAAAGCUGUGGCUGGUGUGAUGAUCACAGCAUCCCACAACCGGAAGGAGGACAACGGAUACAAGGUUUAUUGGGAAAAUGGAGCACAGAUCACCUCUCCUCACGAUAAGGAAAUUAUAAAAUGUAUAGAAGAGUGCGUUGAACCAUGGAACGGCUCUUGGAAUGAGAAUCUAGUAGAUACCAGUCCCCUUAGACAGGAUCCUCUGAAGAAAAUUUGUGAUUGUUACAUGGAGGAUCUGAAAAAGAUCUGUUAUCAUAGGGAGCUAAAUGUGCAAACAAAUUUGAAGUUUGUUCAUACCUCUUUUCAUGGAGUUGGACAUGACUACGUGCAGUUGGCUUUCAAAGCAUUUGGCUUUCAGCCCCCCAUUCCAGUACCUGAACAAAAAGAUCCAGAUCCAGACUUCUCUACUGUCAAAUGCCCAAAUCCUGAAGAAGGAGAAUCUGUGCUGGAGUUGUCACUGAGGCUUGCGGAGAAAGAAAAUGCUAGAGUAGUAGUGGCUACUGAUCCCGACGCAGAUAGACUAGCAGUGGCAGAACAGCAGGAAGAUGGCUGCUGGAAGGUGUUCACUGGCAACGAGCUAGCAGCUUUGUUUGGGUGGUGGAUGUUUUCUUGCUGGAAGGAAAACUGCUCCGAAGAUGCUGAUGUGAAGAAUGUUUACAUGUUGGCGACCACAGUCUCCUCGAAAAUUUUGAGGGCCAUUGCACUUAAAGAGGGAUUUCACUUUGAAGAAACACUCCCUGGUUUUAAAUGGAUUGGAAGUAGAGUAAAAGAUCUCAUAGAUAACGGAAAAGAAGUUCUCUUUGCAUUUGAAGAGUCUAUUGGCUUCAUGUGUGGCACAUCAGUGUUGGAUAAAGAUGGUGUAAGCGCAGCUGUGGUCAUAGCUGAAAUGGCAACCUACCUGGAGGGCAAGAACCUAACACUAGCACAGAAACUCAUUGAGAUAUAUGAAACGUAUGGAUAUCACAUAUCAAAGACUUCCUAUUUCUUGUGCUAUGAUCCUCCUACUAUCAAAAGGAUAUUUGAGAAACUUCGGAACUUUGAUGCCCCUCAGUCUUACCCAAAACUUUGUGGUAUUUACAAUAUAUUACAUGUACGAGACAUUACCACUGGCUAUGAUAGCAGCCAGCCAAAUAAGAAAUCGGUGCUGCCAGUGAGUAAAAGCAGUCAGAUGAUCACUUUCACAUUUCAAAAUGGUUGUGUUGCCACCCUUCGGACAAGUGGAACAGAACCGAAGAUCAAGUACUACGCAGAGAUGUGCGCGCUGCCCGAACAGAGUGACAGAAGCGUGCUGGAAGAAGAACUUCAGAAGCUUAUUGAAGCUUUGAUUGAGAAUUUUCUUGAACCUGAUAAGAAUGGACUGAUCUGGCGCUCUGCUUAGAUCUCCUCUAACUGGUGUUCAAAGAAGUGACUGCCUGCACUGCGUCAUGUGAAACAAAGGAACCAAGAACAGAACUCAGUUUAAUAUGUGUGCGUGUGUGUAUGUGUGUUAAACAGCUACAUUUUUAUUCUAUAAAGAAGAAGCAUUCUUUUGUCAGGCUUUUCACCAAAGUCUGGGCUAGAAAAUUGGGAUAAGGCGAGGAAAUGAGAGAAAAGGAUGGAAUUUAUUAUUAUAAUUUUCUGUCCUUUUGACCAAAAGACUAAUUAACCCGCACCAAUGCAAAUGAACUACCCUAGUAGGUUUAAGGCAGCUGAUCUUAGCCACUAGAUCUUGUCUUAAACUAAUUUCAGGUACCCAAUACCGUUUGUAUGAAAAGGUUUUAAAAUCGGGUAGUCGUAGUGUUUGAAGGAAGCGAUCACUCCAAACUGACAAAAAAAGCCUGCUUCUUCCUAGCUGUUGUGCGUGAAUGUAGGUAUCGUUACAGGUCUUAAUUUCCAAAAGCGUUGAAGUAGAGUUCAGUGCUUAGCAUUUCUUGUUUAGGCAAGUUGUUCAAUAUGAUAUUUUUCAGCUA